GCACUAUCUUUGUCUUCCGACUCUGAGAAGAGUCUGUUGCGCCCUUCUCCGUGGUGGCGGUAUGCUGCUAUACAACUGAAUUGAGAUAUUUUUCUUGUGAAAUGUCUGUUUGUUUAAAAACUAUCCCGUCUGGUAUGGAAUUAAGAGAACGCUUCCCAGAAGCAAAUGCUUUCUAAGUUCCAGUAACUUCCUGACGUUGCAAUGACAUAUCAGUAAGACUUGCCCCGAACAUUUGUAUGAAAUAAUAAUAAUAAAAAAGCAAUACAAAAGAAAUACACUCGUUUGGCAGCGCUGAACGCUGAAUUAUUUUGACAGAGGUUUUAGAUUGAUAACAUCUUUCUGAGCAACAUACACAGUACCGAAGCAGUCGCAGCAAGAGAAAUACUAAACUGAACUUGAUGCAGGACUAGACAACUAAGGAUCAUGUGUUCUCCCAGCCACCCAAACUGGGUCACUUUUGAUGAUGACAAUGCUACCUUCCAGUCACCGCAAAAGCCUUUACAUUCUCCCAGCACCAGCAUUGGGAUCCCUAGGCCCAAUGGCUUAAAACUGAAUCUGCCUCCUCGAUAUGAACCUGCCAAAAAAUCCUUGUCCACAAGCAGCAGCCCUCUUGCAUCUCCUCUGAGGCACUUCAACGGGAGCCCCUGUGUGCCCAGCAAUACACCGCUGUGCACUCCAGUGAGAGAGGCCCCAGAGAGCCCUUGCACUCCCUUCAUAGGCAUUUUUGGGUCCCUCUCAUCCCCCAGCAGUAACCCGCUUUCUUCACCUGUUGCAGAGCUGGCUGUCAAUCCAUGCCACCAGCCAGAUCUCCACACAAUGGAUCCAGGGACUCUCUCUGCAGCUCAGAGUUUGUUUACCGCAGAGGAGGGGUUGAGUGAAUUCCGCCCUCUCCGUGAUGAUAGCGGCUACUCCAACCCAUUCUGGACAGACAGGAAUCAAUCGGGCAGCUCCUCGUCAGAUUCCGAACCCAACUCUGCAGAAACCAGCGAUGCCCAUCCUCAUUUUUUCAUUAGAAAAGAGAAGUAUGAUCCCCAUGGAAGUCAUAUUGACCAGUCCUUCAAUUAUAUUUGUCAAAAGCUGGAAAGUUUCCAAUCCUGCGACGUAGAGGAGAGAGAUGGGUCAUCACCUGAGAAGCCCAUUCACUGGCAGACCGGCGCUCCCACCUUCAUACCGCGUGGUCUUUUCCAAAGUCAGAACCGAGACGGCUGGCCCCUCAUGCUGAGGAUCCCUGAAAAGAAGAACCGCAUGUCGUCUCGCCAGUGGGGGCCCAUCUACCUUAAACUCUUAUCUGGUGGCGUUUUACAGAUGUACUACGAGAAAGGCUUGGAGAAACCCUUCAAGGAAUUCCAGCUGCAUCCGUACUGCAGGCUCUCUGAACCCAAGCUGGAGAACUGCAGCGAGUCGGGGAAAAUCCACACGGUGAAGAUCCAGCACGUUUCCUACACGGAGAAAAGGAAGUGCCACCCCAAGGGCCACGAGGCAGAAAUGGAGCAGAUGCUCAAGCUGGGAACCACGGACUACAGCGACUUCACAGAUUUAGUCUCGUCCAUCGAGGAGGAGCUCAUGAGACUCCCGCCUCACUCGCACCAGAAGAAGCACUAUGAGGAGCAGGCACUGGGGCUGGAGAUUGUGGACAACUUUUGGGGAAGACUUGGCAAAGAUGGAAAGGUGGUUGAAAACGCAGUGGUAACCCAUGUAUACUGCCUGUCCUUUGUCAAUGGCGGAGCAGAGUGCUUUUUAGCUUUAAAUGACCUCCAACUGCACAGAGGGAACCCAAGCUAUGCCGAGGAGAUGAGCGAGGACUGGAUGGAGAUCUCAGAGCAUUAUUUUCACAAAUGUGUCAAAGGAAACGAGUUUCAGAAGUCGAGGCUCAUCAAAUUCAGCCCUCCCGAAGCCUGCCGGGUGGAGCUGAUGCGCUUCAAGACACUUUCAGUCAAUGCCAAGCUGCCGUUCUCCGCCAAGGCGGUGCUUACUGUGCAGGGAGCCUAUGUGGAAUUACAGGCUUUCUUAAACAUGUCCCCUGCCUUCACACACUCACUGCGUCAGGACUCCGCGCAGGUCUGCCAGAAUGUUCUCGUUCAGGUCCCACUUCCCGGCGACUGGAUCAAAGUCUCUCGCACUGUGAGUCUCCUUAGGCAGAAGUCGCUGAAGGCUAAAAUGAACAGAAACGCCUGCCUUGGAUCUGUCGCCACAGCCGAUUCAGAGCCUGUGAUGCAGGUCACUGUUGGGACGGUGAAGUACGAGAAUGCGUACGGAGCAAUAGUAUGGAGAAUCAGCCGACUUCCUGCCAAGAACACAGCUCCAGAUCAUCCACUCUGCUUCUCUUGCAAACUCGAACUGGGGUCAGACCAAGAGAUUCCUUCUGACUGGCUGCCUUUCGUGACGAUGGAGUUUGACGUCGCUGACACGACCGCUUCCGGGACCCGAGUGAAAUCCCUGGGCACUGAGAGCGAUAUCCAGCCUCAGAAACACAUCGUCACCAAGGCACACUAUCACUGUCAGGUGGAAAUCGAGAGAAAGGUGAUAAGAAGUGAUGAUGAAGACACAAGGAAGCACAGUGACUGUGUGACACAAUGAUUUACCAAGUGGGAAGAAAGCACAGUCCUCUGUGCUAUACAAAAAGCAGGCAUCAGUGUUUCAAUAUUUGAGGAUUUCUGUUUCGGGCACAGAUUUACAAAGCUUCUACUGCAAUGCUAAAUUAGUCCCAAUGUACUUCCAGGCAGUGGGUUGCUUUAAAAUAUGCACCCUAGAGAUUUGGUGUAAUGAUCACUAGGUCUAGACACAUUAUCACCUGCCUCUUUUUGCCUGUGUUGAUUCAUUCGUCUGUUUGCUUGUUUAGUUGAGGAUGUGCUCCUAUAUCAGUUAAAAUAGCUUUAUCUUCCUGGUAUCAAAUAACUUCCUUUGAUUUCUUUCCAGUUCUGUCCAAUGGACUAGGUGCAUACAGACAAUGUUACUACAGCACAGGAAGUACCCAGCUACCAGGAAGUAAAGCUGUGCUGCAUUUUUUUUUUUAUCUGAAGUGUUGUAAACUUCUGUACUGCACAUGCAAAUUAAAAUAACAGUGUGAAAACGAGCACAUAAUUAAAAGGUGUUCAUCAUAAUGAAAAGAGGACCAGUGAUAAAGUUGCUUAAGCUAGUAUUAAGAAAAUAGUUUUUAAAGCCUUGAUUCUAUCACUCUCUAAAGCAUCAGUGACACACAGUCCUCUUCUAUUCAAAACUAUGAAUCUGCUUUUAUUUUCUAUAAUGAAUUAUUUUGCUCAGUUUUAUUAUUUUUUAUUUAGUUAAUGUAAGUCACCAAGAUUUGAAAACCAGUCCCUUGGUACGCUAAAUCAAUUCUGUUCUACAGUACAUACAUAGUCCUCCGUAGUUCCCUAAACGUUGUUUUAGCUGUAGGAACACAAGCUUCCCUCCCGAUACCUUCUUGUAAUAUAACAACUCUGUGCUUUGUAAUAAGGAAGGUCUCACUGUACUUGCUGCAGUAGAGGUUUAUAAACCACUGCCCUACCUCAGGAUUUUAUAAACUUAAAAAGCAACAACACACUUAGUAAUAGUUUACUUCGAGUUUUAUUUUCACCUAUAUCAGAAAAAAAGUUGAUUCAGACAGUAUGUGCAAGGACAAAAAGAAUAUAACCAUAAUAUGUGCAAUACGUGUAGUUUUUCACCUCUGCAGUUUCUCUGAAUUUCCACUAUGAGGCACUCUAUACACCAUUGAUGUGGGACAGUACAUGGUGUACCAGACAGCCACCCUCUUCUAAGAAUGAGCAGUGAGCUUUUCACAGCUGUUAAUGCAAUUCUUUUUGACUGCCCCUUCACUGCUUAAACCAGGCACUGCUCCAGGAGUUUUGAAAGUCAAAGUGCUACCUUGCCUGCUGUCCACACAAUCAGUCUUUUCUCCUGCUGAACCUGAGUAACAGAUCUUGCCAAGCCGCUGAACCUGAAUAGUGGCUCUUGCUAAGCCACUGAACCCUGGAGGACAAGAGAUCAGUCUGACUGGUCUCGGCCUGGCCUGUCAGGUGCCAGUCGAGUAGGGGUCGCUGUGGGGCAGUAAGACCAAGUAACUUCAGGUGAUUAUUAUAUUAUUGUUUCCUCCCUAUCCCAUGGAAGAGCAUAGGUCCAAUAACUUUCAAUUACAAAUAAGUUAUGUGGAGAUCCAAUACAAUACAAUUCACAUUUCUAUAGUGCCUUUCAUUAGAAGGAUCUCAAAGCGCUUCACACACACACAAAACUAAAUAAAUAAUAAAUAAAAAAUGAGUCUAAUGCAAAUGAAGAGACAAAAUGUGGUUUUAAUUGUAAAAUUAGAAAAAAAGAUAAAAACUCAGUUUGUAAAAAUAGAAUAAUUAAAAAGUGUAAUAAAACAAAAAAGGAAUACAACUGGAAUUAAAUAAGGAUAAAAAAAAUCAGUUUUGAUUGUAAAAUAUAUACUGAUGCACAAAAUAAACACUCAGGUCUAAUGGAUUUAAUAUAAUAUUUUAAACAAAGAUAUCAAACAAAAUCACAGAAAAUGAAUUUAUGAAACAUUACACAUUGUUAAAAUGAAAACAUUACAAAGUUAGUAUUGGGUACGACCUCCCUGAUAAUUAACACAAUCCUGGCAGCGUUGAUGCAUAGCCCUGAUCAGCCUCAUUUAAAAAUUCAGCAAAAGCUAUUAGUGCUGCUGCCAUGUUGGCUUCUAUAGCAACAGAUACUUUUUUCCCAUUUAAGCCUGGUGAGAGGGAGGCUUAAAAAAUGACUUAAAUUUAAGACCAGGCUCAAAUUAAGACUUUUUGUGAAACAGGUCUUAUUUAUUUUGGGCUUAAAUUUUAAGUCUAAGUCCAAGAAGUGGUCUUAAAUGCAUUUAAGACCUUUUGUGAAACCGGCCCCUGGUGUUUUUAUGAAAUCACAUGACUUGAGCUCAGUAUUUUGUUAUACCAAUGAACAAUACUACUCAAACAAUCUACAAACCUAUCUGCUCACUAUUUAAAAUGUAAAUUACGUUAUGUAUGUGCCCAAUGAACUAUUGAUGUAAAACUUAGACUGUUUUCAUUGUGCAUCAGUAUACUUAUAUACAUACUUAUAUAUAAUUUGAUCCACCACAAAGCCACCGGAGAUAGGUAACUGUGGAUUUGGAAUGGAUGUGGCAUGAACUGUCCUUGGAUUGUACCUGUUAGUAUUUUAUUCUUUGAUUUCUGAUAAUACUAUUCAGGUUACACUGAUGAAGGCACUGGCCAAAGCAUUUGUCUACUUGACUUGAGUUUCUUGUAAGUUUUAACUAAGAUCUGAACAUUCAAACUGACCCUGGAGGUUUCUUUGAUAUAGCCUCAUGACAAAUGGAAAUAGAAAGAAAAGUCAGCAGUAAUCUGGAUUGGAUCAGUUGAAGAUUCUAAUGAAUCAGAUGAAUAUUCUCGUGGGUCUGAGGAAACGUCUAGUGAACCAGAUGAAGAAUCUCGUAUGUCAAAGAAUGAUCCAAGUGGAAGAUUAUUUUCAGUGAUAGGUUCACAGCCUAUAAAAGCAGAUGCUUGUAUACUUUCAUUAUACUUCUUUGUAUGUUUGCUUAUGUGUCACCUGUAGUUUGCCUAAUCUGAAAAAGUACAAGAGUGCAGUCAAUGAAUAGGCUUUUUGUUUUUAUCCUGAAUGUAGCAUACAAUUUUAUACAUGCUUACAUUUUCAUAAAAAUAAGAUGUUAGCUAAAUGCUCCACUAUUUAAAAAACAUUAAAGCUUAUUUUACUUA